AUGCAUCUGGAAAUCCAUGAAGGAAGAAAUCAGACUGCCCCUGUGGCUUUUAUUCUCCUUGAUUUUAGCAGUGAGGACCUGCAGACUUUCUUUUCCAUGUUAUUUCUACCCAUCUACAUUGUGACCAUGGCUGGCAACAUCCUCAUUGUCUUUCUAGUGCUGUUUGAUCAUCAGCUUCACACCCCCAUGUAUUUCUUCCUGGGAAACCUGUCCUGCCUGGAGACUUGCUACAGCUCCACUAUCAUGCCAAGGAUGUUGGUCCACUUUCUGAGCGGGGACAGAACGAUCACCCUUGGGGGAUGCUUUGCACAGCUGUAUUUCUUUGGGUACCUUGCAACCACAGAAUGCUACUUCCUGGCUGUCAUGUCUUAUGAUCGUUAUUUAGCAAUAUGCAAACCACUGCACUAUGCAAUGCUGAUGAAUGGGAGAAUUUGCAUUCUGCUGAUUGCUGGAUCAUGGAUAAGUGGAUCACUGUUCAUCAGCCUUAUCGUAUUCUUGGUAUCCCAACUGAGUUUUUGCGGACCAAACAAAAUUGAUCAUUUUUUCUGUGAUUUAACCCCAUUGAUAAGACUGUCCUGCAGUGACACACACUUGGUUGAAGCUACUGCCUUUUCGGUCUCCUUUAUAGGCACUCUUGCCCCAUUUCUAGUAACCCUGUCAUCCUAUGUUUGCAUCAUUAAGAGCAUUUUAAGAAUCCCUUCCGGUGUAGGAAAACAAAAAGCAUUCUCUACUUGCUCCUCUCACCUAACCGUGGUUGCUUGCUUCUAUGGCUCCCUGAUCAUAGUCUAUGUUCUACCAAACAUGAUUUCACUGAGCAAUUUAAAGAAACUGUUCUCUCUCUUCUACACUCUCCUUACUCCCCUGGUCAAUCCUCUUGUUUACAGUUUGAGAAACAAAGAAGUAAAGGAAGCAGUAAAGAAAAAAUUAAAGGUAAUCCGCAAAGCUCAUUGA